AAAAAAAUAAUUUUUACCCUUUUCAAACGUUUUUCGUGAAAUUCUCUUCGUCGUUCUCGUUGUAAAAGAAGGCCGGGACGGUGUUAGAAACUUGGAGAACCGCAGCGCCAAAGAUCCCCAAAAAGACCGGACCUGCAACCACUAGUGCAACCACGAAAAAGGACUCUUAUCCGGAAUUCUGCGAUCUUGGAGUCACGGACCGAAAUCCCUCGAAAACCGUCCGGAGCUCCCGGGAAGGUCCUGCAAAAGAUUACGGAUAGCCUCUUUCGAAACGAGUCUUUCUGCCGGCUAGGAAUUCGUGGGAAAAAUGGUAGCCACACGAUUGAAAACUUUUGUUCGACCGUUCUGUGUUAGUGCUCGAGUCGAUAAAACUUUUACGAAAUGGUACCAAAGUCUUUGGGAGCAGAAACAGAAUGAACCGCCGUACGAUCACAUCGUGCAAGUCGGUGAUCCGGUACUGCGCCAGCAAGCGAAACCAAUUCCAGAGGGUGAACUCCAAUCGGCGGAAGUCCGAUUCCUAGUCAAACAUCUAACGAAAGUCAUGCGUACUUACAAAUGCGUUGGUCUAGCAGCCCCACAGAUCGGACUCUCACUCCGUGCCUUCGUGAUGGAGUUUCGGGACGAAGUGCGUGAUCAGUACAGCAAGGCGGACUAUGCCAACCGGCAGAUGGAAACAUUACCGUUGACGGUGUUCCUCAAUCCAGAGCUAAAAGUACUUAACUACGAAAAGGUGCUCCACGCGGAAGGCUGCGAAAGUGUACGCGGGUACCGGGCGGAUGUUCCGCGCUAUCGAGAGGUACUAAUCACUGGAUACGAUGGGGAGGGUGCACGUCGCGAACUGAAGCUACAUGGUUGGAAUGCGCGGAUUGCGCAGCAUGAAAUGGAUCACCUGAACGGAACCAUCUACACCGACAUCAUGGAACGGAAAAGCUUCACCUGUAGCUGCUGGCAAGUAGUUAAUGCACACCAGGGACGACUUAAGCUGUCGUUUGCUAGUAAAUAAAAAGGAAAGUUUUACUCGGAAAGAAAAGUGCGAAAAUAUAAUGGAUUAGUUAGAUUUCUAUGCUGAGCAAUACUGUCAUGUCUCAGAAAACUGUCUUCUUU